CCCAGUGUUUGUGAGAGCUCCCUGCGUGACCGUGGGGCAGAGCAGGGGCAGGGACAGUGGCACAGCAGGCAGGGCUGGGUGAGCAGCACAUCCAUCACCUGGACCAGCUCCAGCUCCCAGAGGCUGUCCUGGCCCCUCUCCCCCAGGUGACUCAUCCCAGCUCCUGCUGUCCCUGUGUGCCCACUGCUGCUGCCCAGCUCCCCCUCCCCAGUCCCAGGUGCCUCUCCCUGCAGGACAAGGCAGAGCUGCUCUCAAGGGUUCUUUGGGGUUUGUCUCUCCUCCACCCCACAGGAGCUAUGGGGAAUAACCUGAGCGUGCCAGAGGAAGCUGAGGAUGACAACACCUGCACAGUGAAGAGUUACCAGCCUCUCCCCGAGUCUCCCGAUGGUAUUACAAAUGGAUCUGUGGUGUUUGUCCAGAGCCCUCCCCUGGCAGUCAAUGGUGAAGCAGGUGCCAGGGCGGCUGCAGGCCGGGAGGACGCGGCCGUUUCCUCGGCAGAGCCGGGCCGCGGUGCCCGGGCGGGCGGGCAGAGCGGCGGGAGCGCUGCCAGCAGGGCCCUGCCAGCUGCCAGGCCCCGCUCCCUGCUGGCCUUCCCCUGGGCCGUGCCAGCGCCUGCCGAGGAGCCAGCGGCGGCUCCGGCCCCCGCAGAGGCCACCCUGGGUGCCAGCAAAGGCCCGGGCGAGGGCGCGGAGGGGCCCGGGGCAGCCCCCCAGCACGGGAGCCAUCAGAGGCCGGGCCAGGCCCCGCUGCAGGCCGUGGAGCUCGCGGGGACGCCUGAGGGAGGAGAUGCGGCCGCCCCACGGGGCAAACAAGUGACACUCCUGGACAGGAUCUUCAGGCUGGAGAAGGGCACGGGCAGGACACGAGGUGACCCUGAGGGGCUGGACAUUCCCAACGGGAGCAUCGCGGCCGGCGCGCCCCACGGGGAACCGCUGGGCAAGGAGAUAGAUGAGUGCAGCCAAAAGCAGCUUGGGCAGGACUCUGCAGGUGAGCAAGACCUGGCUGCUGCAGCACCUGGGAGGGCACAGGCAGAGAGGGACAGUCCCCAGGCAGCUGCAGGACAGGGCUCAGUCAUGAGCUUCCUCAGAACACUGGUCUCCCCAAGCAAAGCUGAAGCCAAAAGUGAUUCUGAAGACAAGGGCUCCAGGGCGGAGAAGGGCCCUGGGGGACAGCCUGGCCCGAAGGCAGCGGCAGAAUCCCCCUCCAAAGGAGCCAAGAAAAAGAAGGCAGAGAGCCCCAAGCUGGGCCACGGCACCUUUAGCAAACUCUUUAGGCACAAGGCUGCGAAAGAAACCCAGCAGACAACCAACACCAAAAGCCCUGAGCAGCCUCCUGUGCCCUGUGUGAAAGCAGACAGAAAUGUCCCUCCCUGCCAAGAGCCGCUGCCCAAGCCGAACCCGAAAGCGCCGGAGGCCGCGGCCCCUCCGCAGGGCGUGAGCACAGAGCCCCCCCGGGAGGGCCCCAAGGACAAGGGCUCAGCCACCCCCCUGCCCCUCAGCAAGCUCUUCUGGAAAAAGAACUCCUCGGAAGAAGCAGAGGCCGUGAGCAAUGAGAAGGCAGAGGUGGCUCUCGAGGCCGUGGCUCCCGACAGGGACGAGAACAAGAGCACGGAAAGCAGCGAGGUGAAACCACGAGGGGCGGAGAGCAAAACGCCCAAGGCAAACCUGAGGAAGUUCUUUAAGCUGACUCUAAACGCCACGGAGAAGCCUCUUGCCCCAUCUGAGAGCGACCCUGGGGGCCCAAGGAGCAAAGAGGGCUCCAAAGACAAGAAGUCCACGCUGGAGCUGGGCAAGCAGAAGGGCAGGGAGCAGCCAGAGCCCCGGGAGCAGCCAGCAGCUGAGCCUGACUCCAUCCACAACGGCGGCGACGCCAAGGAGCACUCCUACAAGAAGACAGAGAAGAGGCAGUCCCUGGGAGGGUUUUUUAAAGGCCUUGGCUCCAAAAGGAUGUCGGAUGCAGAAGUGCAGACAGAUCCCGUGUCCAUCCUCCCUGCUGGGAAAUCCAAGUAGUGCCCAGCCCUGGCUGCUGGAGGGAGGCUCAGCAGCUCUCUGGGAGCUCCAGGAAUGGCUCCUUUCUGGCAGCAGGAAUGGCUCCUUCCUGGCAGCAGGAAUGGCUCCUUUCUGGCAGCAGGAAUGGCUCCUUUUCCUUCCUUCCCACGGCUGUCACAAACCCCGGGGCUGAAGCAAACACGGGGUUCCAUUGCAGGUUGUCACUGGCAGGGUUUGUUCCUCACCUGUAGGAAGCAGCUCUACAGAUCCCCAUGAAAUGUGUUUAAGGUAAGGUGCUGUGGAUGGUUUGAGGCGUGCAGAGGGGAGGGUAAGGCAGGUAGGAGGGUGGCAGAGAAUUCAAUAAAUGGCAGAAAAAGCAAGCAGGUGGCAGAGGAGGGCAGCGAGGCGCGGGCAGGGAAUCCUCUGCUUCAGAGAGCUUGAAAGCAGCCAGGACAACACAAAUCCCUGGAGAAACAUCCUGCUCCAGUGCAACAACAGCCGAGUCACUUCUGGGGGGGUUUGGACAGAGCUGGGAUUAGAGCUGAGCCCUUCAGCCAGGCAGAGCCCGUGGUGAUCGAGUCCUGCUUCCUCUUGGUUAUUAAUGUAAAUUAAAACGCUAAAAUGCAAAGGCUUGACCAGAUUGGGCAGCUCCUGUCUCGGCCGGGCGGGGUGGGAUAACAAAUUAAAAGCUAUUUAAGGUUCUAAUAGGACACAAGAGGGCAGCCACGUCCCCUAACGCCGGGCUGUGCCUGCCAGCCCGGAAUUAAUGUUCCUUAGAUCAUAGGAAACUUAGUUGUUCGUCCCGAUGUUUGUUUAUAUCCGUACUUGUAAUUAAUCCUAAUAAAAACCAAAAUCAAAGCUGCCCAGGCAGCUCUCUGCUUCACAAGACUCCUGUAAUAACUGUAGUUAAUAAAUUUUACAGAAAAUUGAGAUUUCUGUUCGUUCAAUCCUAGCCUGUACAGGGAACCAGGGGCCUGACGUUUUAAUCCACACUGCUCUUAAUGAUGCAAUACUGUAUAUUUUGACAUCCUUCUCUUUAAAUAAACUAAUACUUAUCCUUUGAAACAAAAAA